AUGGAGGUGGAGAAGAAGCCGAGCGGAAUCAUAAAACAAAAGUCGCGUUUUACAGCCGUGGUCUCCGAUGCGGCGAAAAAGAGCGAGAAGUUCGAAUCCGAAUGGGAGCAAGACGAGGACGGGCGGCACGGACAGUGCGACGGAGAACAACAACGGAAAAGUGUUGCCGGUGAGUUGAAAGUGACGAGAAGACAGGUGGAAUGUGCACGUGAAGUCUUGAAAUAGAUCCAUUUCGGAAGAGGAUUUAGAAUACAAACUGAUGGCAAUUCAGGAUUCUGAAAAGUCAGAACUCUCAGGUGUUUUCUUUUCCAUUUUUGAAGAUCCUUUCUGAAAUUGUCUAAAACAGGUCUUGUCUUCGCCAAUCUGUUCCGUCUACAAUCUCCAUCAAAACCAAUAAAUCACAACAAUGAUAAGAGAACUGUAAUCUUACAAAGAAAAAGCAGUCUCUUCGCCUCUUCCUCUUCCACAAUAUCUCGUUCCUCUUCAGAAACACAUUAGGUGGUCGUGCUGACAGAGAAAGAUGAGAGUGUAAAGUGGAAUACAGUGACGUGGCACCGCCACCUGCGUGCGACGCCUUCAGAAACAGAUAGGCCAGAUCACUCGCUUUCGCACCUCCGUCGAUCGCCUUUUCUCCCCAUUUUUUCCGAUUCAUUCAUUCGAGAGAGACGACAGACACGACGGGAAUCCCAUAAAUUUUGAUUGCGGUUGGCCGUUGGAUCCACCAAGCGACACGAGAUCAAAUCAACCUAAUUCCGAGCAGAUGUCUUUUCGCUUUUCCAUGCUUUCGUGCUCUUUUCUCGCCCUCCUGUGGUGCAAAGACAAAAAAAGAAAGACGGAAGGUAUUCCUCUCUGUUUCGAACCGAUCAACCGUGCUCUAAUGUGGGUGGCACAGCACGGCUCCGAGACGUUUGCGGAGAGCCCAGGACAUAGGGAAUCACGGAAAGAGCAAGAGUUUCUCAGUCGUUUUCCCGAUUGUUCGGGCUCAACCAAAACACACAGCGUUAGAGUAUUCUGUUAAAUAUAUAGAAAUCAAUGCUCAUGAUGUUGUUUGAUCAGUCGCCAAUUCCAAUUAGCAACUGACGACCGUAACACGACCGCCGUAAUCUAAUCUUAUCACCAUCCUUACAUAACUCCCUCUCGACAUUAGCCAUCCUUUCCCGCCCACUUCCUCUUUCAAUAUAAUCAUUUUCCUUUUUUUCAGAACUCGACAAGUCAGCCGAUGCUGUCGACGCAAUCGGCCCGUGGGUGCAGCACCCUUCCCCGUCGGGUCAGUUUUCACGAAUACAUCAUUUUGUGAAGGCCGCUGGAAGAGAACGGCGGCUCAGUUUUUGUGCGCGAAAAGUGGUACAAUGGGGGCAUUCAAUUAUAACCCGCAAUCAUUCCUUCUCUCUCUCUCUCUCUCCACUACGAAUUCAUACGUCGAUUGUUUACGUUUUUGAUGUCCUCCCGGGUGUGUGUCGGAAGCGACGACUCCGAUUUCAAAACUCCACUUCAAUUCAUUCCGACGCCAUGAUAAUUCGGGUGCUCCUACCCGAAAUGCCUUCCCUAAUCCGAUUUAUUCUUGAGAAACAGGUAAGACUCGAAAAAGUACUCGUUUCCCGGAAGACAUAGACCAGAAAAUGAGUGGAGAGAGAUUCCCACGGCGAAGCCAAGCCCUUGCUCCGUUUUGAGUGAUGAAUGUCUUUGUCCAUCAAUGACUAAUCGCACCUCUCAAACACAUUUCGCCCGUUUCUGACGGACGAAACAGCGACAAGCACGAUAAUUACCGUAUUGUGGUUGGUGAGGUGACGGGGUGGCGAUGGCGCCGUUGUCCGCCAGACACCUGUACUUAUGAAGAACGGACGAAUGAAACAUGCGAGGCUGCCUCCCACGCCUUCUUCUUUAUUUCGUAUUCUAGAUAGACAGGUAUGCACAUUUCACUGAGCUCUUCGCCAUAAGAAGCUUCUCGUCAUGAUCCGAAGAACAUAUGUCCGAUUUCACGCUCUCUACGAGACAUAAUCGUCUUAUCGCAUGGCAUUCUUCCCCAGAAUUCGCAUUGAAAUGCCCUUUUGUUAACAAGAUGCCGUCUGUGGUUUUUUGCAAAACCGAUGAUCCAUAUCAGCCGUGACGGAACCCAGUUGAUGUCAUUCCGUCCGUCCGCCACUCCCUCCUUUCAUCAUUCCCCCAUUUAACAGUUCUCUUCAUUGCCACGUCAUAGGCUUUGCUUUUCGUCACCGGGGGGAAAAAGGAAAAGCGGCAGAAUGCGACGGCCUUCUCCGAUUUCACUAUCAUAAAACGUUUCUUUUUGUUCUCGUAGCAGGGCAGAAGAAUGAAGUUUUCGUUUCGGACAGGCGACGGAUUAACCGCUGGUCCGUCCGUUGUCGCUUUCUCCUUUCGCUCUCCUUCGAAGCGUUAAAUCGAUCUCGAAAUGGGCGACCCCAAUUAAGUAAAUAUUUGCGUCGCAUUUGAAAUUUUGAUAGUUCGGAACAAAAGAGCGAUGAUGAUCUUCACUUCCGUCGGCCGGCUCUCUCUGUUAAUGUUUGUGUUGCUCACCGCUCGCCGGUCACUUUGCCACGUGUCACUGGAUACGUUCCAAGGUGGUCCAUUCCAUUCAUUUCCGUUUUGGUAAAUAUUUGAUAUGCGUAUGCGCGUCUGGCGACUCUCGAAUUGACACCCUCUCGCGGUCUGAAGUGCCUAGAUAUAUGCAUACACAUGCUUAUAUUUCUACUAGUUUCCCUUCUGAUUCCCUUUCGUCUGCCACCCCACUUUCCGCCAAUCUUUCUCCUCUUUGAUUGAAAAACAGAGAGAAUUCUGGCAAGGCCACUCUGGUCUCCGACUUCCGGUGUUUUAUGGUGAAGUCCUUCUCAGAAGCCGAGGACGACUUUUUUGUACCUAAGCUUAGUGAAUGUAAUGAGGAAGCAGAAAAAAAAAGAAAAGCUUUGAGAAAUGAAAUAGAGAAAGGAGAAGAAGAAGGAGAAGAAGAAGAAGCACGUCACUCUAGGUUAUGAGCACCUUUGGCUCUGUGCUCAAUCUUUCACACAUUUGCAUUCCAGACCACCCUCACACACGCUUCUCGGAGGAGCUCCCUCUCGCAUGGCUUCUUCUUCUUCUUCUUCUUCUUCUUUCCCGAGGCUACCAUUAUUAUCAAGAUCUCUGAAAUUCCUUUCUUCGUUUUCCCGCAAUAACAACAUUUUUCUUUUCCUUUGGAAAAGAAGAAGCAAAAUUGUUUCCUGUAGACGUCUAGCUUCAACUUAACUUCAAAGUGAUUCAGCGAGCAACCAUCAACUAGUCCGGUCACCUCGGCUCCCAAAUACUUUUGCAAACACGUCUUCCCCGCUUGCUCCGGCGUAAUGCCAAUUCGUUAAUCAGCCAUCCGCUCGCUCGCGGACUCUCACUACAAACAACCGCCUUCGCUUCCGGCCACCUAUUGUUUUGACAGUGAAAAAGUAAUAACUUGUUCUCGUCAUUUUGACUCGUUUGGCUUGUGUUCAAAUUCGUAUUCAAAUGAGCUAUUAGGCGAGUGGGAGUGACAGCAACGAGAAGGGUCCGGAGACCAGGCACGUAAUGGUUUGCCGGAGACGUCCAUUACUACUAAUUUCGACAUCUUGCAGUGCUCUUUAGAAAUUCCAGAAUAAAAUGUGCUUCUAUGAGUGAGAAUACGGUAGAACUAGAGUUUUUAUCAACUUCCAAGCAAGUUCACAAUCAAAUGAGCCGUGUUAGCCAUGAACAGAAACAAUGGCACAACAUGGGCGGCUGUCGGCAAUUUAUGACAUGUCGCCCCGGCCCUGGCCCGGCAGAUCGUUAUCGAGUCUGGCCGGAUCUCCUGCUGUGUGCUGCCAUAAUCCGACCGUCGUGCCCUCCAUUCUCAUGUACUAUUCAUGUCCUCUCUUGUCCUUUUCCCUUCCAAAUUAAUUAGAGACUGCCCGCACAGCUGAUCUCCUUCUGUUUUUGAUUUCGCGCGUGACUUUGCGAAUUCCGUUUUUUAUACAUUUCCGACUGAUAAGAAGCAUGUGAGAGCACUAAACUGAUAAGCGAGCAGCGUUUGAUUCGCUCGUUUGGUCGUCCCGCCCGCAGCAGCAGCCGUUUUCGGUUCCCACCCCGCUCCUUACUAAUUCAACGGCCAUUGUCGGCGGUCCCCCUUCGAGCCGCAACAUGUUGUUGUGCUCUUCAACUCAUUUUCUCUUGACACGACGAGAAAUAUGUCAAAAGUUUGACGCCUCGACUCGAAGAGCGCCCGCCCCUCCUGCGCAUUUUAUCGCCUUUCCCUUCCAUUCCAACGCUGACAUUCUGUAUCAUGUGACAACCUUUUCGCGCCUAUUUUUUUUUGCCUUUUGAUCUACCGGUCACAGUCUGUCGCUUCUAUUAAUAGUAUCAUUGUGAAUGACCAGCGUAGCACAGCGGUUUUCGGCACCUCGUCAUUUCCUUUUCGUUCCCAUUCCCAUAUAAGUUUACAAACAUUUGAUAGGGAAGACGCACCACACAAUCGCCCGCUGAUGGCUACUAUCGCAAUCAAUUGUUGUACAAUAUUUACAACUUGAACAAACAUUUCAGGCUGCCAUACUGACAUCGUCGCAGUCUCAGACCGGCAUGAUUUCACUGACUCAGCAGGUGGGAGCCGUUCGUUUGGACACUCACAAAAGUGAUACUUUCGAACAGAAUGUGAGUUUUGAUUACGCGUUCCGACAGCCUCUGAAACUCUCGUUUUGUUGCAGGAUCUGGUACUCGACAACUCGGGAGCCGUGCUCUCCGGAAGCAGGGACGCCCUCAUCAGAAGGCUCGUUCCGACGAGGGACUUCUGUCCCAACGAAUCCUACAUCUUCUCGCUUCUCGUCAACAUCCGAACAUUCAUCUCCCCGCAUGAAUUGAUGCAGAAAAUUGUCCAGGUCCGUGCGGAUCCCCCUCCCGAAGGGGUUCCACCCUCUCUGCGGAUCUUCUCAUUUGUCAGCUCAAAGUGUUUUUUCUCUCACCGACCGCUUCGCCCUUUUUCUUUCUUUGUCCCAGCGGGAAAAGUUUUCCUCUUUUCAGUAUUGCAUGUUCGCUCAAAACGCCGACUCGCAUAACUUUGCAAAAGAGGGCCGAGGGCGGAUGUUCGCCCACAUUCUGAGGCUGUGCAGUGAGUGGGCGAUGAAUAUUCCGUACGACUUCAAAACAGAAUACAUGAGAACAAGGUAGGCUGACUGAGAAGUGAAUUUAUGUGAAAGAUCGCAUUCCAGGCUGAAUGAGUUGCUCCGGCUGUGUGCAGUCGACAAAACGUAUCAACAGAAGACGACAGAACUGCAAGCCUCGCUCAGAACAUCUGUGAGUUGGGCGGAAUGGGAAAGCGAUCACACUUGUGAACUUACUUUGCAGCUGAACAAACUGGAUCGGUACGAGAAAGCAGUGGCGAAUCUACAGAAGGCACUCUCAGAAAAUACGACGCUGCCAGAGCAGUCGGACAGCAUGGUGAGUUAGUACGGAAGGGAAGAGCCCAAUGAGAUGUUGCAGAGCGGUCUGUUUCUGCUGUGCAGCGAUGCGAAAGUGGUGGCUCAGCAGCUGACACACAUUGAGAUGGAGCGGUUCAGUAUGGUCGGAGUGGACGAGAUCGUGCAGAGUCUCGCUUCGGAUCCCCUUUCGGAGAUAGGAAGGCACUCGAAGAACAAGGAAGGCACGAUCAGUUCGAUCUCGUUUUACAUCGAAUGGUUCAACAGACUAUCCGCGUUUGCUGCAAUCGAAGUUUUGAAGCAGACAAAGAAACGGUACUCAACAUUUGAACUAUUUGGAAUGACCGACAAUAGUUGCUUCCUUUCCAGCAACCGAGUAGCCGUGUUCGAGUUCAUGAUUGACAUUGCCAAAGAGUGCUGCGAAAUCGGAAACUUCAAUUCGAUGAUGGCCAUUGUGGCGGGAUUGUCUCUUCCGGCAGUGAGCAGACUCAAGAAAACGGUAACUACCGUAUCCAAACUAUUCUCAUAAAUGUUUCAGUGGUGUCGAGUGGAAAAGGCGAAGCUGGAGAUCCUUCAACAUCAACUGGAUCCUUCGGGAAACUUCCUCAGCUACAGAGCAACCAUCAAAGCGGCUCAGUGGAGGGCGGACAGUGCGCGAGGAAACCAGCAGAAGAUUGUGAUUCCGUUCUUCGUGCUUCUGCUCAAAGACCUGUUCCUGAUCUAUCACGGUCAUGCGAGGAUUCUACAAAACUCCCAUCUCAACUUUAUGGCGUUCAAUCAGUUGGCAGAACAAUUACGAGAUGUCAUACAGUGGAAAUCAACGAUUUGCACAUUCGAAAAGAACCCUCAAGUGCUACAGUACCUACUGAUCACUUCUGUUUCUGGAGAGAAAGGUACGAAUGUAACAAAAUCCUUCCAGAAAUUACAUAGGAACCUUCAGAUUCAAUGCUGAUGUCAUUUGAGUGCGAGCCGCCCGAGUCGUCGGCCGAAAGAGACCAACACAAAAAACUGAAAGGUGGCGGCAAAUGA